GUUCGACCCCAUCUCGGGCGUAGCCGAAACGCAAUAACCAUAAACAGACCCAAGUGACGCUUUACAUUGCCAACAUAAAGCUCCUGCUGAUCGAUCUGUGACAACAUUGAGACGUCCUGCAGCGCUCUAACGCUGGGUUGCGUGAUGGAUGCCUGGCGUACCAUCAUUCCGAUGCUGAUGCCACGGGGUCUAUCCAAUCGGUCGUCUUCAGCAUACUUACGACGUUGGCGCUUGUGGACUUGCACACGACAUGCGAGUUCUGGCGGUACAGGUCCCAGAGGACACAUACCUUUCCCUACACAUCCUCGGCCUACUCCUCACCAAAUCUUCCACUUACCCCAUGGUGCCACCGCCGCUGAGAUAAAGUCUCGAUGUGAGUUCACUGACUACUUUGGCAACUGCAGAGGAAACGUGCCUCAUCCUAAUGGCAUGCCCUGCGGGAGUUCCGACUUCUUUCCUUCCCCAUAAUCCACCCGACGCUAAUUUCCCUCAUUGCUUUGUCGUGACUCGCUGGGGGUGGUUUCACGUUCUGAUCUUGAUCGAUGUUGCGCGUC